GUAGCGCAUGCGCGACAUUUAUGUUGUUGUUUGUGGCGGUAAGAUGGCGGCGCUCGGAGACACCUCAGCUCCGGAGGUGAAUGGGUUAAUACAACAAUUCACAGCAAUAACAGGGGCCACGGAGAGCGUAGGACAACAUAUGUUGGAAGCAUGCAGCAACAACCUGGAGAUGGCAGUGACCAUGUUUCUGGAUGGAGGCGCGAUCGCAGAGGAGCCCAGCACCAGCUCCAGUUCAGCAGCUUCAAGCAGCAGAGCUCCCCCUUCAGAUGAGGUACGAGCACCCAUUCCCCAGAAGCAGGACAUAUUGGUGGAACCUGAACCACUGUUUGGAGUGCCAAAGCGAAGAAGACCUGCUCGAUCUAUAUUUGAUGGUUUCCGAGACUUCCAAACAGAAACAAUUCGCCAGGAACAGGAGCUGCGUAACGGUGGAACAGUGGAUAAGAAACUGAGCACCCUGGCAGACCUUUUCCGGCCUCCCAUUGAGCUCAUGCACAAAGGCAGCUUUGAGACGGCUAAAGACUGCGGACAACUAGAGAACAAGUGGCUGAUGAUCAACAUUCAAAAUGUUCAGGACUUUGCCUGCCAGUGUCUGAACAGAGAUGUUUGGAGUAACGAUGCAGUGAAGACCAUCAUAAGAGAACACUUCAUAUUCUGGCAGGUGUAUCACGAUAGUGAAGAGGGACAAAGAUACAUCCAGUUCUAUAAGCUGAACAAGUUUCCCUAUAUUUCUAUCCUCGAUCCCCGCACAGGUCAAAAAAUGGUAGAGUGGAAUCAGCUGGACGUGGCGUCGUUCCUUGAGCAGACGGCUGGCUUCCUGGCAGAGCACGGGCAGCUAGAUGGGCCAUCCUGCCACGCACCCCCUGCCAAACGAGCUCGCUCUGAGAGUCUGAUUGAUGCCAGUGAAGACAGUCAGCUGGAGGCAGCGAUCCGAGCCUCCCUACAGGAGACCCACUACGAGUCCUCAAAUGCUCCCGAAGAGCCUGAUUCCCCUCGAUCCGAAGAAGAAUCCGAUGCAGAGCCAUUCUCUGACAGUGAGGGUCCCAUCUCUGUUGAUGGCUCAGACAGCGAAAUGCCAGUACCCCACGAAGAGAAAAGUUUUACCAGCAAACACACACCGCUCCCUCUGGCCAAUGCGGCUCAGCAGCGUCUACAUCCCGAUAGUUCCACUUCUUCCCAUAGAAAGUCUCCAUACAAAGAAAACAACCACAGUCACAAGAAGGAGGAGAGCAAAAAGAACCACCUGGAGCCCUCAGCUGCUGGACCUCGUCAUCCUCAGCUGGACGGAGAUUCUGGAGGCAACCACUGUCCCCCAGCGGCGGAAAGCGCUGGACCAUCCAAGACCAGCACCACCAAAACCUGUGACGUGGACUGUCCUGACGACAAUUGUCCCAAAGCCAGGUUGAUGCUCCGUUACCCAGACGGGCAGAGAGAACAAAUUUCCUUGUCUUCUAAAGCAAAACUUUUGGCCCUGGUAAGACACGUCCAGUCCAAAGGUUACCCUAAUGAACGCUUCGAACUCGUCACCAACUUUCCUAGAAGGAAGCUCGCCCAUUUGGACUAUGACAUCACACUGCAGGAGGCGGGGCUUUGUCCACAGGAGACUGUGUUUGUUCAGGAGAGGAACUAGCUUGUCAGACACACUCACUUUGGCUUGUCUGUCUCUCUCUGUGAUAGACCUCACCCUUUCACCAAUGAUCUCGGACGAUGUCACCGGCCUUGAUCAAUACAUUCUGUUCUCCUGGAAUUAGGUCCCGAUUUUGCCAAGACGGCUCUCAGUGGAUGGACUACUUUCCCCGCCACUCCACUAAUUUGAAUACUGACGUCCCUACUGACAGCCUAAUACCUUUUGUGCUGCUCCACAAUUGGCCAGUAAGGUGUACGGAUGCCGGCACUCUUUCAUUUAAAAAAAGAGAAGAGAAAAAAAAGAAAAUGUGAUUUAUUCUUUUCUGAUGCAGGCUUCAUUUUUGUUCUGAACUCUGAGUCACAUCAGGAAAGAAUAAAUAUAUAUAUAUAUAUCAUAUUCAAAUAAAAACAACUAUAAUAAGAAUGGAUCACUGAUUGAUGAAGAGGCACCAGGGACUUGUACAAAAAGACUUUUACCUCCCAGAAAGGAUGUUUAAUGUCAGAGUUUAUUUUCUUGCUCUUCUUGUUAUUUUCUGUACCUGGGGACAGGUAAAGGGAGCCUCAUUCUUGUUUUAUUUGGCCCAAAUUUGGUCUCUCACACGGUCCUUGUUUCAACAAUUGUAAUUAUUCAGAAGGCACUAAGAGGAAAAGGUCUGGAAAUUACAGGUCGGACAUCUGUUACACACUUGUGUAAAUCUGAGAGGAUUUGGGUGGAGCUGCACAUUUUUACUCAAGUUUCUAUUGGUUAAUUAGAGACUCGUAGAUUGUUUUUGGAUUUCAACUUUUGAUACAGAAGGGUGGUACAUCUCAUCAGUCAGACCUACACUGUACAGAGAUGGCUGGCUUAGAGAGACUGAUAUUUAGCUGUAGUCACCAUUUCCUUUCUUUUUUUAUAUGAUGCCAAGAAAAUAUGCUGAUGUUGAAAUAUAACCACCAAAACCAAGGGAGAUUCUGCUUGGUCUUUUGUCACAAUGUCAAUGAACUUCACAGGCCUAAUGUGAUAGGAUACAAUGGAAAACCAAUAUCAACACAGAUAUAGGAACACUUUUAUGGAAUGGGAAAAGCAGCUGCUCUUGAGAAUCAUCUGAAACAACAAAUAUGUAUUACUCUGUAUUCUGUGAUGAGGAAUUGUUGCAGUAUUCACAGAGGCCGUGUCCCUGCUCAUUUUAUUAAUUAGUAAGGCACUUUAGUAACUUCAUAUAAUUGUUUCUUGUUCGUCAAGAGCCAGGGUUUCUUAUUAACUAGCCUGAUUUUUAUUUGGCAUUUAGGCCUAAAUUUGACUGUAUAGUAAAUGUAAAUGUCUGGAGGGAGAUGAGAGAAGCACCUCCAGAGUUUAAAGCAAUGCCUCCAUAAACCCUUUGAGACAUUUUA